CGGCGAAGUGCGGACCCAAAAUGACAUGGGGGCUUUUGUCCUCAGGAACUACAACUCCAACACCCUACGGCAGAAUUUCGAAUAGAGGUCAAGGCUUUUCUUAUUCUUCUCCAGGAUGGGCAUCAGGGCCUCCAAGUGGUUGGAAAGGGAAAAAAGGGGCCAGCAAUGCCGCGGUCAGCGCCCUGGCCCUUUUAGCUUUUCUGUUUUUCCUAAACAUGCUACAGCAAAACCUUGCGACUGGUCAGCAGCAGACGGUACUUUUCAGCGUCAACAACUCGAGCGGCCGUUAGUCACUGUUGCUCAAUUCAAAGCCAAGCAAGACAUCGAGGGACGCGCAAAAGUAACAGUGACGUCGACGAAAAAUGCGAAAUUAAACAUUCGAAAAACUCGCAACCUCAACGCAUAUGGUGAGGAUUCCGUAGAGAGACGGCUCGAUCCUGCUAUUGCUAAUAAGCUGCUAAACUUGAUGAGUUUGCCACUCGAAUACUUUAAAGGCAAUGAACCUCAACAAAAUGAACUAAGAAAAAACCUGUUAGAAACAAUGAUCAACUGCCGAGGAGAGAUUGCUUGCGCCUUGACCGGAGACUCAAAAGGCGAUGAUCAAGCGAAUCGAAUUCAUAGUCACGUCCUAUUGAAAUAUCUGAAACAAAGCAUCAAACUAUGGAAUCAACGUUUUAGAGGAUAUGGAAUGCGACGAAGUGGUCAAGUCUGUUGAGGACGAGUGCAUCACUUUGGCUGACACCUUGUCGACACUAAACCUGCCAAGUGAAGAAAACGAUCUAUUUUCUGAAGUCGGAGAGCUUAAAAUGGAAAUUAAUUUGACUUUUCUAGAAGCCGCGGGAAUAUAAUAUAUUAAUUUUUAAGUACUUUUGAGAUGCUGACCUUAGAAAUGACUGCAAAGGUUUGAGAAUUUACAAAUAAAUGGGAGAAUAAGUGCCCCUGCGUGUCAUUCAU